AUGUUCCCCGCAGUCACCGGCAAUAUAGAUCUAGAGGCACUGAGUGGCAUAUGUGGAUCCAUCUCGAUUGCGUGCUGGGUUGUUGUCUUCUCCCCACAGAUCAUCGAAAACUUCCGUCGCGGCUCAGCUGAUGGCCUGUCGCUUCUUUUCCUCAUCGUCUGGCUUGCCGGCGAUGUGUUCAACAUCCUGGGCGCCGUCCUGCAGGGCGUGCUGCCAACCAUGAUCAUUCUCGCGGUGUACUACACCCUAGCCGAUGUGGUUCUCCUCGCUCAAUGCUUCUACUACCGGGGAUUUACCCUGCGCGACGAGCCAUCCACGUCGCCGCGGCCUGCAUCUCCCAUCACGACAGAUGCCUACGACGAGGACACGGAGAUUCCCUCUCCUGUCGUGCCUCGGAAACCCACAGAGCACACCGCGUUGCUUUCCUCCAAACGCCGCAGUGCCUCUUACCAGGCUCCUCUGGACGCUCGCAGCCCAGCAUCAUCGGCAACAAUCACCCCUCAUCACCAACCCUUGCUCGCCCAUCGCCGUCACUCCGCCUCUUCAUUCCUUCACACAACCGUCGACGGAACUCACCUCUCCCCAGCGACCCCCCUCGUCGAACCAGCCAAGCAACCCCGUCCCCCUCGAACUCUGACCAUGCUUCAAGCGACCUUCUUCAACGGCUCGGCCAUCAUCCUCGUCUGUGCCGCCGGCAUUCUAGGCUGGUACAUCAGCCAGCAGUCAUCACUUUCCUCAGACAACAACAAUAACAAGCACAAAGACAGCACCGACGACCUGAAAAUGGACACCUUAGGCCAAGUCUUCGGCUACCUCUGCGCAGUGCUAUACCUCGGAUCCCGUCUUCCCCAGAUCCUCCUCAACUACCGCCGCAAGUCAACAGACGGGGUAUCCUUACUCUUCUUCCUCUUCGCCUGUAUCGGGAAUCUGACCUACGUACUUUCCAUCCUGGCGUAUUCCCCUGUGUGUCAACGCCGACACCAUGGUCGGUGUCGAUCUGAUGAACUGGCGUCGCUGUAUGGUCGGUAUAUCCUGGUCAAUUUGUCUUGGUUGAUUGGAAGCUUUGGCACGUUAUUGUUGGAUAUGUGUAUCUUUAUCCAGUUCUUCUUGUAUCAGGAUGGAAAUGGAAGUGAGGUGGAUGCAGAGGCGAGAUGA